AUGACAAGUGGACCAAUUGUCGCAAUGGAAGUGAUAGGAGAUGAAGCUGUAGCUUCUUGGAGAAAGCUGCUUGGGCCAACCAACUCCAGUGUUGCACGUAGUGACUCUCCAGAAAGCAUUCGAGCCAAAUUUGGUACUGAUGGAACCAAGAAUGCAGCUCACGGUUCUGACUCCAUUGCCUCGGCUGCUCGGGUGAGUAUGCACCUUUCCCACUAA